CGAGCCGAGCCCGAGCGCGCGGCGGAGCCCGUGACCCGCGCCCGGCCCCGCGCCGCCGCGCCAGGCCCGGCAUGGAGGAGGAGUGCCGGGUGCUCUCCAUCCAGAGCCACGUCGUCCGCGGCUACGUGGGCAACCGGGCGGCCACGUUCCCGCUGCAGGUGCUGGGCUUCGAGAUCGACGCCGUGAACUCCGUCCAGUUCUCCAACCACACAGGCUACGCGCACUGGAAGGGCCAGGUGCUGAACUCGGGCGAGCUCCAUGAGCUGUACGAGGGCCUGAAGCUGAACCACGUGAACAAGUAUGACUACGUGCUCACAGGUUACACAAGGGACAAGUCAUUCCUGGGCAUGGUGGUAGACAUCGUGCAGGAGCUGAAGCAGCAGAACUCCAGGCUCGUGUAUGUGUGUGACCCGGUCAUGGGCGACAAGUGGAAUGGCGAAGGGUCGAUGUACGUCCCGGAGGACCUGCUUCCAGUGUACAGAGAGAAGGUCGUGCCGGUUGCGGACAUCAUAACCCCCAACCAGUUCGAGGCAGAGUUGCUGAGCGGCCGGAAGAUCCACAGCCAGGAAGAGGCGCUGGCGGUGAUGGACGUGCUGCACGCCAUGGGCCCCGACACGGUGGUCAUCACCAGCUCCGACCUGCCGUCCCCCCGGGGCAGCGACUACCUGAUCGCGCUGGGCAGCCAGCGGACACGGAGGCCUGACGGCUCCGUGGGGACCGAGCGCAUCCGGAUGGACAUUCACAAGGUGGACGCCGUCUUCGUGGGCACCGGGGACCUCUUUGCCGCCAUGCUCCUGGCGUGGACACACAAGCACCCCAACAAUCUAAAGGUGGCCUGUGAGAAGACGGUGUCAGCCAUGCACCACGUCCUGCAGAGGACCAUCCAGUGCGCGAGAGUCCAAGCUGGGGAAGGACUGAGGCCCAACCCGGCCCAGCUGGAGCUGAGGAUGGUCCAGAGCAAAAAGGACAUCGAGGACCCGGAAAUCGUCGUCCAGGCCACGGUGCUGUGAACCUGGCGUGCCCGCCCGCGACGCACAGCGUGUUGGUGUCUCCGUUCUUGUCCCUGUGAAAAAUGUAGCGUCUGCCUUAGAGUCAUGACCGAGACUUGACAUUUUUUCAUUCCUGAGUGUCCAGCAUCAGCCGGUCUCCACCGUGAAACCCACCGGUCGCGCUUUGUAAAGAGAAGCAAAGCGAUCCCUCCCCUCCCCCAAGCCGCCCGGGCCUGGGAGACCCGUCCCCGAUUGCCGUCUGGGGGCGUCCUGCGUGGUGGGCAGGGGGCACGCGAGGCCCCCACCCCGGGGGAACCUCUCGGGGGCCACCGCUGCCGGGCAGAAGCCUCUUGCCGAGGCUCAGGUGGCUUGUGUGUUUGCGUCUGUGAGCGGUGGGGUUUCGGCCAUUGGCAUCUGGGAGAAUACGCCAAAUAUCGUCAUUGCCAUUCUGAUCUUACUCAUUGUUCCUGCGUCAGAGUUUCUGUUCCUUCACUUGCUGCUCGCUAGGUCCCCGGGCGUUUCGGGUCUCUUGCUGUUUGCCUGUGAACCUGCUCAGGUGCUGUGGGCGCCUGGGCAGGGACCCGGCCAGGGCCCGCAUAGUCGAGCUGGUCCCCAAGGGUCCCAGCGGCACCCCCUGCAGCGCACGGGUGCCUGGCCUUGCGCACCUGCUGAGCCUGGGGAGGGGAUGCUGCCGGGAUGAGGGUCGCGGCUGGGCUGCGGGCAGCUUGUGAGGUUCUGGGAAAAGCACCACACUUGUCAGGUUCCUUGUGGAACUCACCUAAUUGUGGAGUGACAGGUUAAGCACCGAGUGUUUGCCGCAUACUGCUGGCGACAGUGCGUGGAGCCACAGUGCGUGUGUGCAGACAGGGACAGAGGACAGAGUGCACUUGUCCCCCGUGCUCCGCUCUGCGUUCUGGGUCAGCUGCAGCUCUCUGCCCUCCCAGGGAGGGAGUUGGCAUGGGGGUUGGGGUUGCAGCUCGCAGACCCCGUGGGCAGGCCAGGACGGCAAAGGCCAGCUCCGACACAAGUCCAGUUGUCCACUGCUCGGGGGUGACUUCCCUGGCCCCACUUUGCCCGGAGUUUGGGGUCCCCCCUAGGUGUGGCCGCAGGUGGGGGUGCCCAUCUCAACCUGCCUUGAUCUCAACACCCCUCCCCCAUCCCUACACCCCGGUUCUGGGGGUGCAGAGGUUUGCAUCUCUGGGGAACCCACAGCCUGGAGAGAAACAGGGAGACUGCAGGAAGUGGGAGCCCGUGUGGCUUCCGGAAAGUGGGCACUCCCGGGGGGUACCCCCACUGCAUGCCCCACGGGCAGGCCUCCUCCAGAGCCUGCACCCUCUUCUAACGCAGUUCCAGUGUCUUCCAGAAAGACUGGCUCAGCAGUUGUGCAUUCUCAUUGGAAAGUGCCCUAAAAUGAAGAGUUGCUGGUCCACGUGGAGCUAGCUGCCCUCCACUCUGUCUUGCCCUCUUUGCCCUCAUUCACGCCCGUGCGUCAGUGCGCCCUGGCAGCUGUGCGCGGGCCCGCCCUGGUGUCUGGCCACCGCCGCCAGGGCCGGCGAGUCGGAGACCUUAGGCACCUCUGAGCCCCGGGGCCGCUGGUCCCUGCAGGGCCACCCCAGACCAGCAGGAAGGAGGACGCUGUGGCCAGAGCCCGGCAGGGAAGUGGCCUCCCCCGUAGGUGAGCACAGGGACCAGCCAGAGUCACGGGCCCUCGGCCUUUGUGGGGCCCUUAACUGGAAAUGCCGUCACUGCCAAUUGGAGACUACGGCUCGUGCCACGUUGCCAGCCGUGAGCAAAGCUUUUUUGUUCCCCCCUUUUUCAUAUCAAGAGCCGGUGCAGGACUAGGGAGAGAGCCUAAACGUGUCUCUCUUCAAUGAGACGGUGAAAAACUCAGCCUGAAAACACGGUGUCGGGUGCGGGGCCCUCAUCCUGUGUGUGCAGCGGGCUGACGUGGGGGCACGUGCUCUGGCAAACACGCUGGAUCCCGGCUCUGCAUCCCACUGCAGAGGCUGGGUCCCCACGUGGCUUUAAUUCUUGCACUUCCCUGUGCCGUGCACGGGGACGAGAAUGUCAGAUCGGGGACUGCCUGGCGCAGCCCGAAACUUCCUCUUGUGUCUCCUUGGGCUGCACAGACAAGACCAGGAGAGGCCGAGGCCAAGCCACGUGGUUAGGCAGCAGGAAAUCGGGGGGUUUCCGAGAGCGCAGGCCCGGGGCUUUUGUAGAAAGAACGCCGGCUCCACGGGAAGGCGGCGUCCCACGUUCUGCCCCCCCAGGCGCGGCCGUCUGGCCACGGUGAUGGUGCCAUCCUUGCUGUCCCGGGCUCACCGCCGCGUGGGCACACUCGGCCGCUGGCUUGGGCGCUGGCCCUGGGUGGCCUUGACUGACAAUUUCCCGUCCGAGAGGUUAGCCCCGGGCAUCGGCAGUGGUUUUUGACGAGGCCUGGAUUCACGUUAGAAUUAAUCUUUGUUUUUACAUUCCAUGGUUUGAUGACACGCAAAAUAACGUAUUUUAACAUGAGAGCUGUAUUAGCCCAGAAUCGCCCGCUUGUUAUCAGGGUGCAGAAUUGUCAUACUUUCUUAAUCCGGGUUUCCAGGCCUCCUCCUGUGGACCCUAAGAAUGAAUUAUGCAGCAGGACCCCUUUUUAAAAUCAACUUUAAAUCAUCACCUGGCCCUGCUGAGGUCACUGUGAGCAUCUGUGUUGCUUUUGCGACGUCUGUCAGUGACUGUACAAGUGAUGCUUUGUGUAAUGUCCUGUUCUUAAACUCGUUAGAGCCACUUUUUAAAAACGUUUAAUUUGACAGUGGACUGAGCCGGGCUUGGCCGGCCCCCCGAUGAGCAAGCGCGAUUGUUCUGUGCAGAGAACAGUGGGCCUGCCGGGCGGGUGCCGGGUCCCUGAUCUGACCGUCCCGAGCGCGGCGUCAUCUGUGGUGACGAGAUAAAGGACGUGCAGGGUGCAGGGUGCCUGUGGGCCCCCAGGAGGAAGCGGCAGGUCGGACAGGGUAGGUGGGCUCGGCCGUUGGAUCACUGGCGCCGAGACGGCCCCUGGCCCUGCAUGUCUGCCUCCCGUGGCGUGAGCCACGUGGCCUCUCUUUAGUUGACGUGUUCUAAAAGCGGCGAGAACAUCCUGGCCCUGGGACCCUUCUCCCGGCCCUUCCUGCCCUCUGGCAGGGCCGCCUGCUUUGGGGUCACUGGGGGCCCCGGCCGCGUGGCAGGACUGUGUUCUGCUGCUCGACAGCCGGGAAUCCCGCCUCCCGCCCCUGCUGCCCGCCUGGUCUCGAAGACCUCCUCCACGCACUCUUCCCGUGGGGCGGGGGUCCGCUCAGGCCCCCUCCCAGGCACCUGCCCGCGCCCAGAGAGAGGGGGCUGGAGUGCGUGAGUGAGCAGAGCGGGUGAUGCGUAGACAGAGCCUCGGGGACUUCCGUCCUGGCCUCCUGAGUUCUGACGGGAGACAGACGCCACUGCCCGCUAUAGUGGCGCGGUGCCCGCUGUUUUCACCCCACACCCCUCUUUGCCAGGGCGCAGCACCAGCCUGGGUCUGUCCGAGGAGCACGUCACAGGUGCCAGCCGCCAGGACCAAGUGGGCCCCAGGUGGACGGCGCCGAGAGCCCAGCUCCACUGCCCGAAGGUCCGUGGGCAGCCCCGACCUGGGGGGAGCCUGGAGCCUGCCCGGCUGGUUCGGGUGGACCCCGUCCCCUGGGCCCCAACACCGGGGGGAGGCUUGAGCCGUGCAGCCCUGGGGCUGUGGGCAGAGCAGGGCGCACCACGUGCCCUCGCCCUCCUGCGUCCCUUCCCGACAGGUGCAGAACCGGGUGCAGGUGCAGGCUGGCAGGGCUCCGCGUGCGGGGGGGGCUGGGAACCUGUGUCCUUUUUGGAGACACUUCCUGCCACUUCACAGGGUCUCUGCGACCGCCCGUCUGGGGAGAUUAAACAUCAGCCACCUUUAGGGGGAUUUUUUUUUAAGUAUCUAGAUCUUCUCUGUGAGGCGAUGGAACCAGCCUGCGUGGUCCGCUGCGGCCUUUGCGGUGAGCCACUGGGCUCGGCGGGUCCCCUCUCCAGGCGGGCCCGUGGGAACCGCCGCUUGGGCGCGCUGGGCACCUGUGCUGUGUGUCUUCCUGUCCACUCUGCAGUGUGUUCUUGGUGCAGAAUGUUGUCUGUUCUUAACGUGCAAAGACGGUGAUUGAUAAACAAAUGUCUUAACCACAUUCCUGCCUUCCAUGGUAGCACAAUGCAUUCCUUUGUUUAAAACAGGAUUUAAUAGCUUUAGGUCGGACUCAGUGAAUACUUUAAACUUUGUAUGAAUGGAAAGUGCUUCCUGGAGUUUUUAUUUUUUUAAAUGCUGGCAGAACAAACAGGUGUUUUUGAAGUUUCCCUACUGUCAGAGCCAGGCAGGGCCCUGUCCCCCGCAGGAGGCCGCGUCGGGGGGACGCCAAGCCCCAGGUUGCCAUGGUGAGCAGCACUCCCAGACGCCAGCCUCUCCUCUGUCCCAUCCCCCGGGGUUGCCGUGGAGAGAGUCCUGAUCUUUGUGCAGUGGGAAACCCACUCUUGUGAUGCCCCCAAGUGCUGGGGCCCCCCGCCCCGCUGCGGUCCCGAGAGUCAGCUCUGAGUCCGACAGCGAGGCCGGCCCCGUGCCCACAGGGUUGGGCGGGUGGGCACAGAGCCAGGAGUGCCCACCCAGCCCGUGCUUGGAAGCCCCCAAAUGGCCUUGGAGGUGACUGGGAAAACUCGUCCUAGGGGAAGCCACCCUCGCCCCUCACUCUGCACUGCGUCCGUCAGCCGCGUUUGAAGCACUGGCGUCCCUUUCUGGCCCAGGUCGCAGCUCCUGGGCAGGAGGGAGGGCGUGGGGCUGGCGGGUUCGGUCUGUCCUCGAGAGUGGUGGGGAGGCGAGGACACCCGCGUCAGCCCCAGACACGGUGGAUCCCACGGGCGUCGGAAACCCCUUCGUGGCCCGAUGGGAGGUGCGGGUGUUAGUAGCUGGAGGGUGGGAGCAAAUCCCUGGUUUGCCGAGCAUAGCCCUGGCAGUUGGGACGCGUGUUGGGGGACAGUCUGAAUGCCCUCGACUUUGUAGCCGCUUCAUUCCUGAUUUAGAACAUGAGUUGGAAUUUCAUCCGAUUGUUGCAAAACUGGACCAACAGCAGGAUGGAGGAGCUGCCCCGCCCUCCUCCUGAAGGGAGCUGGGCGCCCUGGAGGCCCCUCAGCCUCGAACAAAGCACACGUCACCCUCCUGUGGCCCCUGAAGUUCGGGGUGGCUCCUGCAGCCCGUGGGCACCAGCCCUCCGUGCGUUCCGUGUGAGUGUGUGUGAACAUCAACCGUGUCAGCCUCAUGUAGGCCGUGUCUGUUUUGUGCCUGUCCUGUUGACUUCUAUGACUAUCCACAAAUAAAUAUUUUCGUGGUGAUCGUG